AUUUUUUAGCCAUCAUGGAUUAAAUGUCGCACUGGGAGAUUGUUUCAUUUAAAAAUGGGGACAUGUCUUGUCAUUAAACAAUCUGCCAUUGGAACUAGUCGUCUCUUUUUUAUCAAUAGUAAGGACUUAAAGAAAAGCUCCUGAUUCUUGCUGAAAAGUUACUUAAAGUUCGUUUUCUCAAGACCAACUAGACCAAACUCCUUGGUCGGAUUGUGUUUUUGCAGUGUACCAAAGUUUAAAGGUGAACCACCUGAAGCUGACUCCACCUUCAGUCCUCCAAGCUGUAAAAGGAAUCCGUUUCUCCCUCUCCUUCUUCCUGGCUUAAACUCGUCCAGCGGCAGAGAUCCGACAUCGGCUUCGCCUGCAGACACAGAAGGCCUUGUGUCCCAUCAUGUACUCUGCGGGCCUGGAGAUCCUGGGGAUGAUCCUGGCGGUGGCAGGCUGGCUGGGGGUGAUGGUGGCGUGCGGCCUGCCCAUGUGGCGCGUGGCGGCCUUCAUCGGCCAGAACAUCGUCAUCUCCCAGGUGAUCUGGGAGGGCCUGUGGAUGAACUGCUCGGUGCAGAGCACGGGCCAGAUGCACUGCCGCGUCCACGAGUCCAUGCUGGGGCUUCCCACCGACCUGCAGGCCGCCCGGGCCUUGGUCAUUGUCUCCAUGGUGAUGAGCAUCGUGGGAAUCGGCUUGGCGGUGGCCGGCGCCAAGUGCACCAACUGCAGCCGGGACGUGAGCAGCAAGCCGCGGCUGGUGGUGGCGUCCGGCGUGACGUUCGUGGCGGCCGGGCUGCUGAUGCUGGUGGCCGUGUCGUGGACGGCCCACGCCAUCGUGCUGGGCUUCUACGACCCCAUGCUGGAGGAGACCGGGAAGCGGGAGUUCGGGAACGCUCUGUACUUUGGCUGGGCCGCGUCCUGCCUGCUCAUCCUGGGGGGCGCUCUGCUCUGCUGCUCCUGUCCGUCUAAAGCUGCAGCAGCAGCUGCAGCAGCGCCGAGUGGCGGCGUCUCCGUGGCGCCCAGGGUGGAUUACUCAGCCAUCAAAAGCGCUUCGGUCAACGGAUACACCAGGAAGGACUAUGUCUGAACGACUGACAUGACUGAAAAUGUUUGUGGAUAGAAUAACAAAGACAGAG